AGGAGGCACCGCGCAAACACACACGCAGGAGGAGGAGGAGGAUGUUGUGCUACUCUGCUGAUAUGACUCUUCACGCAUUGCCACUUACCCCCCACGGCUCUGCUGGGAGAGGGUAUGUAUUCUAGUUGAAAAUAACAAGAAAAAGUUUGUUUUUUUUUUGGUUCUGAUUGUGCUUGAGGAGCGCCAUGUGCGCCAGUGUGCGUCACCGAUGAACGUAUGAGAACGUGACCGGGAGACGUGUGAGGGGACACGGGGAGAAGAAGCGCACCCAGUCGCUGUCGCGGUGCCGGUGUGGAAGUUGUUUUUUUUUUCUUUUUCUCCGCACUCUAUCACUUCUGCUGAGGCAGCAGAGCAAGCAGACGGGAUAUCACAACGGAGGAGACGAACAAAAAACCCCAAGAAGCUCCAGUUGACCUACUUUUUAAUUUUUUUUUUUUAAUGGAUCCUCUCGUUUUUGUGGACGCAUAAACUGACUCUUGUCAGUUUUUAGAUUUAACGCGGAAUAAAUCUGCUUGGACUCGUUUUCCCUUGCACUGAAUUCGAGGAUUUGAGCGCCAGUCGUGGAUGUUUUAAUAUGCUAGAAUGAGUCCACUAGCGUUCAUCCUUGUAGGUGGACUAUUGUGCUAUAAAGUUGAUGGAUCUCGUCUGCGCCAGGAAGACUCGCCGCCCCGCAUCGUGGAGCACCCCUCUGACCUGAUCGUCUCCAAAGGCGAGCCGGCCACCCUCAACUGCAAAGCCGAGGGCCGCCCGACCCCGACGGUGGAGUGGUACAAGGAUGGCGAGCGGGUGGAAACGGACAAAGACGACCCUCGCUCCCAUCGCAUGUUGCUGCCCAGCGGAUCGCUCUUCUUCCUGCGUAUCGUGCACGGGCGGCGGAGCAAGCCGGACGAGGGGGCGUACGUGUGCGUCGCACGUAACUACCUGGGCGAAGCGGUCAGCCGCAACGCCUCGCUGGAAGUAGCAUUGCUGCGAGACGAUUUCCGACAGAACCCCACAGAUGUGGUGGUGGCGGCGGGAGAACCAGCCAUCUUGGAGUGUGUCCCUCCCAGAGGCCACCCCGAACCUACCAUCUACUGGAAGAAGGACAAAGUGCGAAUCGAGGAUAAGGAUGACAGGGUCAAUAUCCGUGGAGGAAAGCUGAUGAUCUCCAACACGAGGAAGAGUGAUGCUGGCAUGUACAUUUGUGUGGGCACCAACAUGGUGGGAGAGAGGGACAGCGAGACAGCGCAAGUCACUGUGUUUGAGCGACCAACCUUCCUCCGCAGGCCCAUCAACCAGGUGGUGCUGGAGGAUGAGAUGGUGGAGUUCCGCUGCCAGGUACAAGGAGACCCUCAGCCCAACGUGCGCUGGAGGAAAGAUGACAUCGAUGUUCCUCGUGGGAGGUACGAAAUCAAGUACGACAAGGACGACUAUGUGCUCAGGGUGAAGAAGGCUUCCGUCAACGAUGAGGGCACGUUUGCCUGUGUGGCGGAGAACCGAGUGGGCAAGCUGGAGGCCUCCGCUACCCUCACAGUCCGAGAUCGCAAUGUAGCUGCCCCGCAGUUUGUCAUCCGUCCAAGGGACCAAAUCGUGGCCCAAGGGCGCACUGCCACUUUCCCGUGCGAGACCAAAGGAAACCCUCAGCCGGCGGUUUUCUGGCAGAAAGAAGGAAGUCAGAAUUUGCUUUUUCCCAACCAGCCCCAGCAGCCCAACAGCCGCUUCUCCGUGUCGCCCAACGGCGCCCUCACCAUCUCGUCGGUGCAGCGGGCAGACGCCGGUUACUACAUCUGCCAGGCGCUGACUGUGGCUGGCAGCAUCCUUGCCAAGGCUCAACUGGAGGUCACAGAUGUUCUCUCUGACAGACCGCCUCCCAUCAUCCGCCAAGGCCCGUCCAACCAGACGUUAGGGGUGGACAGCGUGGCGUUGCUCAAGUGCCAAGCGUCAGGUGACCCCAUCCCUUCUGUCAGCUGGCUCAAAGAUGGCGUCAGUCUACUGGGGAAGGACCCUCGCAUGUCCCUGCAGGAGCUGGGUAGCCUCCAGAUUAAAAACAUUAAGCUGUCAGAUUCCGGGAUCUACACGUGCGUGGCUACUAGCUCUAGCGGAGAGACAUCAUGGAGCGCUUUCCUCGAGGUCAAAGAAGCUGGCGGCGUAACGCUCACAAAGAACCACGAUGACAACGAGCUCCCGGGUCCGCCAUCCAAGCCUCAGGUCACAGAUGUCACCAAGAACAGCGUUUCUUUAUCCUGGCAGGCGGGCUUGGUCGGCGCUUCGCCCGUCAACUCGUUUGUCAUCGAGGCGUUCAGUCAGUCGGUGAGCAACAGCUGGCAAACUGUCGCAGAUCACGUAAAAACCACCCAGUACACCAUUAAAGGUCUUCGCCCGAAUACCAUCUACUUGUUCAUGGUCCGGGCAGUCAACAACCAGGGUGUGAGCGACCCGAGUCCGAUGUCGGAUCCUGUCAGAACGCAAGAUAUCAGUCCUCCAGCACAGGGCGUCGACCACAGACACGUGCAGAAAGAGCUCGGAGAGGUCAUAGUUCGCCUGCACAACCCCGUCGUCUUGAGUCCCACCGCCAUCCAGGUCACAUGGACGGUGGACCGACAGUCCCAGUUCAUCCAGGGUUACAGAGUUGUGUUCAGGCAGACAUCAGGACUACCUGCUCCAGGACACUGGCAGAUGCAAGAUGUCAAAGUCCCCUCUGAGCGCAGCGUGGUCCUCUCAUCGCUAAAGAAGGGUAUCGUGUACGAGAUCAAAGUCCGGCCGUACUUCAACGAGUUCCAAGGCAUGGACAGCGAGUCCAGGACGGCGAGGACCACCGAGGAAGCCCCCAGCGCGCCUCCUCAGCAGGUAACGGUCCUCACCGUGGGAAACCAAAACAGCACUUCUAUCAGCAUCUCCUGGGACCCGCCUCCGCCGGACCACCAGAACGGCAUCAUUCAAGAGUACAAGAUCUGGUGCCUGGGGAAUGAGACGCGUUUCCACGUGAAUAAGACGGUAGAUGCGGCAAUACGUUCUGUGGUGGUGGGCGGGCUGCAAGUGGGUGUGAUCUACCGAGUGGAAGUGGCCGCCAGCACCAGCGCAGGUGUGGGGGUCAAGAGUGAACCCCAGUCCAUUGUUAUUGGUAAGCCAUUCCAGGACGUGAUCAUCCAUGGCAACCGUAACAACAGCAUCACAGAGCAGAUCACUGACGUGGUGAAGCAGCCCGCGUUCAUCGCCGGCAUCGGCGGCGCCUGCUGGGUCAUCCUCAUGGGCUUCAGCAUCUGGCUGUACUGGAGGAGGAAGAAGAGGAAGGGUCUGAGCAACUACGCAGUUCAGUCCUUCACCUUCACCCCUGCAGUGACGUUCCAAAGAGUUGACGGGGGUCUCAUGAGCAACGGAAGUCGGCCAGGCUUAUUGAACGCCAGCGACCCGGGCUACCCCUGGUUAGCCGACUCCUGGCCUGCCACCAGCCUACCUGUCAACAGCAGCUCCGGAGGACCCAAUGAUCUCAAUAACUUUGGCAGAGGAGCCUCCACCUUUCCAGAUAUCCCGAGUGGGCAGGGGGACAAGACAGGCACCAUGCUCUCCGAUGGAGCCAUCUACAGCAGCAUCGAUUUCACCACCAAAGCCAACUACAACAGCCCCGGCCAAACAUCGCAGGCCACACCCUAUGCCACCACUCAGAUCCUCCACUCCAGCAGCAUCCACGAGCUAGCUGUGGAGCUGCCCGAGGCCCAGUGGAAGGCCUCCCUGCAGGCCAAGCAAGAGAUGGCCAACCUGGGAUACUCACUGCCUGACAAGAACUCCUGCAACAAUACCCUCCUUUUCAUUCCCGACUACCGACUGACCGAGGGGCUGUCUAGUAGAAUCCCACACAACCAAUCACAAGAUUUCAGCACCACCAGCUCUCACAACAGCUCAGAGCGAAGCGGCAGUCUCUCAGGUGGGAAAGGAGGGAAGAAGAAGAAGACCAAGGCCGGAUCCAAGCCUGUUAAAGCCAACGGCUCCAGCUGGGCCAAUGUCCCCUUGCCCCCACCCCCUAUCCACCCUCUUCCUGGCACAGAAGUGGACCACUAUCCCACCGAGCACCACGAUGGAGGAGGAGGGUAUGAAAGUGAUGGCUGGGGUCCGCCCAUGCCCGUGCAGACCUACCUCCACCAAGGCAUGGAGGACGAGCUCGAGGAAGAGGAAGAGAGGGUACCCACACCGCCCAUCCGGGGCGUGGCCUCCUCCCCGGCAGCCGUCUCCUUCGGGCAGCAGUCCACGGCCACCCUCACCCCUUCCCCUCGGGACGAGAUGCAGCCCAUGCUCCAGGCCCAUCUGGACGAGCUGACCAGAGCCUACCAAAUGGACAUGGCCAAGCAGACAUGGCACAUGCAAGGGGGCUCGCUUCCGCCCCAGGCCCCGGCCCCUCCAGUGGGCUACGUGUCAAGCACAAUGGUUUCCGACCUGGAGACCGACCUGGCCGAUGAGGAGGAGGAAGACGAUGACGAAGAUGAAGGAUACGGGGCCAGGCAUCCACGCGGUAUCGAGCACACGCCGGGGUCGAGCAUGGACAACCUGGAUAGCUCUUUGACAGGCUCCAUGGUGAACGGCUGGGGCUCGGCCUCGGAGGACGAGCGUAAUUUCUCCAGCCACCGCUCCAGUUUGGGUAGCUCAUCCGAUGGCUCCAUCUUUACCCACUGCAGCUUUGCCCAAGCCCUGGUGGCCGCCGCAGACAAAGCGGGCUACCGGCUGGAGGGCACCAGCCUCAGCAAGCGAGAUAAAGGCUUGUCCCACAGGCCCCGGCCCAGCAGUCCAUUCUCUACAGAUGGCAGCACAGUGGGAACGCACAGUCUGGGUCACCAGAGGGCCACCAGGCCCGCACGCAAACCCCGAAGCCAGGGCACAGCACCCCACCGCAGGGAUGCUGCUGCAGACGACCUACCUCCGCCCCCUGAACCGCCGCCCAGCCAGGGACAGCCCCGAGCCCAAACGGGGCGUUGUAUCAACAGUAUGAUACCCGCUCCAGAGAGGAAAGCGGCGUCUCUGGAGCGCCCGCCCAUGUCAGGGCCCCUGUGUGGUGGACAGGAGGACAGACAGAUGACACGGGCCACUCUGGAACAUCACCGCCAGGUUCAAGACCGACUGGGCUCCGUGGAGAGAAGCGAUGACGGUCGCAGGGGCCACAAAAACGAGGAGGGAUGCCUGCCAUACCAUAAACCGUCCUUCCCGUCACCCGGUGGCCACAGCUCGUCUGGUACAGCCUCGUCCAAAGGCUCCACGGGGCCCCGCAAGAACGAAGGCCCACGGCAGCCGCAGCAGUGGACGGCCAUGGAGCACGCAGACUUCCUGGGGACCAACGGACAGGGACAGUACUCGGGAGAAUUAUAGUGGCCUGCUCAGCCGAGUACCUGGCAAAAAAAAAAAUUCCCCACACCGCCCUCCUCCUCCACGUCCUCCUCUGGGGGUGAUGACCUCUCGUCCGUCGCCCCAUGCGGACGCAGACAGUGCGAUGAGGACGAGGACACAGAAUUGUACAUGUUUGCUGUAUGAUGUAAAGACACAGACAUAUUGUACAUCUCACUAUGCUUUGCUCUUCAAUGAAAACUCUUUUUUCACCUCUUAACUUUUACUGUAUUUUAUGUUUUUUUUUGUCCAAAAAACACACUUUUCUGGUGACUGCCCCUUUUUUUCAAGGGGACAAAAGGGGGUUUAUUUUCCUGUAAAUAUCUUCUUUCUUGCUGUUGCUAUGCAAGCCUCCUUCAGUUACAGCUUUUUUUUUUAUUGUAACAUAUGUGAAUUGUGUGGCUGCCGCCAUUAAAUUGUUGUUUGUUUGUUUUUUUAGCAAUUUUGUUAAUAGUCGCCAUUAAUGAAUAUUAUUAUUGUAAUUAUUAUUAUUAUUAUUUUUUUUUUUUGCACUGCGACUUUUUUAGUGAUAAGCACAAAAUACCAAGCUCCUGCUGACAUGAAGAAGAAGAUGUGAAGAGGAGUUCCUGUACUGUAAAGUAUCCAAGAAGAGAAUUAUAUACGAAAUGUACAGAGAGAUUUGUUUUUUUUUUGUUUUUUUUUGGAAAGGAUGGCUACAGUGACAAAAAACAGGAAUAAUUGCUCCGUUUUUGGGCAACUCAUGCAAUUCCUGCAAUUACCCGUGUUGAUUUUUUUAAAGAACAAGUGCACCACCAUUAAUUGUUUACAUCUUUUUAAUGAAUUUUUAUGAUAUUUUUAAUUCUUUUUUAAUAUCAUUUGCUUUUUUUUUUAGGAGCACUUAACUUUGUUUUUCUCGUAUUUAUUGAGUUUUCCGCCCUCAUUCAAGUAAGUUGCACAUUUUUCAGCGCCCGUGCAGCUUCCGUGUCGCUAUUCCAUGCCGACGGAGAAGAACCAGGACACUUUGGAACACAACACUUCCGAAGAUGUUGUCUUUCUUUCUUUAUUUGCCUUUUAUCAACUUUACCAAAACUGCUGCUUUACGACGAUUUUCAAGAUUCAUGUUCAGGAUUUUUGUGGUGAGUUUUAUGUCCUUUUUUUUUGCCCAGAGGCCGCAGGGUGCCCACCCCUGCUUCAAAAAGUGAAAGUUUGUUGUGGCAACGUUUCAUUGAUUCAUUCGCACAGUGGCCAGUAUUCUGAGAAAUGAGGUGCAUAAGAGUAUCUCAGGUUAUUUUCCAUUAUGCUGGUGUUUAUAUGUGUAUAUAUUGAAAUAUAUAUACAGUAUAUCCAUACUCCGCGACAUUCCGACUUCCCUGUCAUGUCCUUUUGUCUUUUUCCGCCGUGGAUUUUUAAGAAGUCACCUGGAUACAAAAAAAAAUCCUACAAAAUUGAGAUUGCUAUUUAUAAUGUCUAAUAGUGUUCCCUUGAUGCUCAUUCUUUUACUUUGACACCACAGCCUCUUUUUCUAUUUAUUACAAAAAAAGAUAAUAAAAAGUCUAUUGUGGAAUAUGCAUACAGAUUUGUGGUAUAUGAAAUGUGGUUUUUUUUUUGGUUUCUUUUUUAUGUAAAGUUGACUGUGUGAGGCGAGGAAACAUGAAGUCUCAUGAAGACAAAAGACGAAAGGAAGAAAGAACUUGAUGUUUUUUCUCAAUAUUGUUGGUUCUUUGUAGCCUCUCUGUGUGUUGCCUUUUUCCUAAUAAAAAACGAAAAAAAAAACAAAAAACGAUGAAAUCUUUCUGUACAGUCCUGCUGGGGUGAUCCAAUGUCAUUUCUACAGUUCAUUCUGUUUUCAUUUGUACUUUUUUCUGUACAACACCUUCCCAAUUCACUUGCAUGUCCUGCUCCAAAAAGAUCCAAAAGGGUCCAAAGUGGAUUGCAACAAGGUUGCAUCUCCAUCUCCUGUAAGAUAAAGGCAUCCAUGCUCUUUUCUUUCCUUGUACCGG